GGUAUCUACCGCGCUACCGGUACAUGUACACUGCAGUUUGACAAGCGCGUCUGCGUCCUCGCCCUCGACCGCGGCAUGGGAGCUGACCACAGUACGGAAGGGCGCUCUCACCGCGUGAGCAUGCUGGAGGAUUGAUUCACCGAAGGCAAAGCUCGUGCCUGGACUGUGGAGUGUUGCAGCGGCGAUAUCCUUGCCGAAUGACAGUCGCCCUACUCGCUGCUCGGACAAUUGUUGUCCCAAGUUUAGUUCUAAGUUAGUUUAGUGUUGCUCAGCUGUUGCUGUGUGCGUGCUCCACUUUCCCCUGUACGAGCGUAGGGCAAUAAUCAUGAGCAGAAAGCGACUAAAGACUAUCUCUUGCAUACCUCCGUGGUCUCGGCCGGCACCGGGAUCUAUCCGAGAGGCCAUCGACAGUGACAUCAACUUCUCCUGGCACGGCGUCUCCGUCCAAGUACCUGAGCAGCCGAGGAAGGGUUUGCCAGCCAAGGUCAUUCUGGACAGCAUCAAUGGCGAGGUGAAGGCUGGAUCGCUUCUAGCAAUCAUGGGAGCAAGUGGUGCUGGCAAGACAACAUUCCUGAACUUACUGACCGAUCGUACUGCCAGCGGUCUUCAAGUCAAUGCCGUGCUGGCUAUCAACAACAAUGCCAUCAAGCCAUCGGACGUGCGCAAGAUCUCAUCCUAUGUCCAGCAGCAAGACUUGUUCUUCAGCAGCCUGACCGUUCUGGAGCAUCUCACCGUGCAGGCUCUGUUGCGGAUGAACAGGGAACUCUCGAGAAAGGAACGAUUGCAGAGAGCCCAGGACGUGCUGCACGAGCUUGGGCUAUCUGAUGUUGUCAAUUCCUACAUCGGCAGUGUUUUUGGUCGCUCCCGGGGCAUCUCCGGUGGACAAAGGAAGCGAUUGUCGUUUGCAACAGAGGUGUUGACUGAUCCACCACUUCUAUUUGUAGAUGAGCCAACCACUGGACUGGACUCGUUUGCUGCAGAGACUGUUGUUCGCCAUCUGAAGAAUAUGUCAGAGAAGGGUCGCACUGUCCUUUGCACCAUCCACCAGCCAGCAACAGAAGUGUUCAACUGCUUUGAUGAGCUACUUCUGCUGGCAGAAGGAAGGACAGCAUACCUCGGAGCACGAUCUGAUGCCGUCGCCUACUUCUCCAAUAUUGGCUACGCAUGCCCACAUGACUUCAACCCUGCUGACUUCUACAUCUACACACUGGCUGUGGUGCCCACUGAGAAGGAGAGGACAUUGAAACAAAUCAAGCAAAUCACCGACAAAUAUCGUGAAGUGGAAGAAUCCAGUGGCAUCACCGAAAGGAUGAUCCCAAAGCCAUCAGUGCAAGUCAUGGAAACAGUCAAGAGCCUUGGAGAUCAAUACGGAGAGACAGUGUUCACGCAACUCAGCGUGCUCAGCCGCAGAACACUGCGCCUGACGUUGCGCAACAUGAUCAUGAUCCAUCUCAAUGUCAUGGCAACAGUUGUUGUAUGCGUUGCAAUGGGCCUCUUCUAUUUGAACAUUGGCAGCCAUGAGGACAUUGUGCGGCGUGUACAGGGAGUGACCGGCGCUAUCUUCCUGCUCAUAGCUGUGUUUAGCUAUCACGGAGCUGGCAAUAUUGCACAGAUUGUCCCCGUGGAACACCCCAUAUUCGUAAGAGAGUAUGAAAGCGGCACGUACUCGCCCGCCGUCUACUUCAUCUGCAAGUACCUAGCAACGCUUCCGGUCGUGUUGAUGCUUCAACUUGGUGCCACCUCCAUCACCUACUUCAUGUUUGGUCUGGCCGCCAGUGCAAAGCGCUACUUCAUCUUCUACGCAGCCAACGUGAUGGUGAUGCUGUGUGCAGAGUCAAUAGGUUACAUCAUAUCGGCCGUGGCUGGUAGCAACUUGUCGGUGGCGUUUGCACUGACGCCCGUCGGCAUUGUACCACUGAUGCUGUUCGGCGGCGUGCUCCUGAAUCUGAACUCCACGCCCGACUACGUUGUCUGGCUGGAGGCGAUCUCGUUCUUGCGCUGGGGGUUUGAAGUGGCCAUGGUCAACGAGUUUCAAGAGGAAUUCUUGCAGAACUGCACGGGUGUCAAUCCCACUCAGCUGUGUUUCAAUAACGGAUCUCAAGUUCUGGAACGAUUCGGUCUAGAUACGGGUGUAAGCUCAAUCGGCAGGAACUUCGGGAUACUGGCAGCAUUGAUCGUUGGCUAUAGGCUGAUUGCCUUCACCAUCACAAUCAUCUUACUGCGAAUUCGUGUCAAGCGUUAACAGCAAUUCUCUAUCUGUAUCUGUAUGUGAUGAAGACCAUUGGGAAAAGACAUGACGGCAUCACAACAAUGGGUCGCAGACCACACAGCCUCGCUCUAGUACCCUUACUCUCAACAACACAAGGAGCUCUACAUAUCUGUACAGUAGAGAUGCGCGUCCAAGAACAUUGUGUCCAAGGGCCUGGGGCGUUCUUAUUUUCUGCAAUCUGGCUGCGUUCUUAUAGCACGUUCUUAGAAACAAUUUGCACCGGAUCGUAUGUAUCCCAAAGGCUGUCGGAAACCAACACCGCCGUUCUUAACUUAAAAGGCUGUGGCGUUCUUAGCAUUUCAGGUUGGACGUUCUUGAGCUCCACGUUCUUCAGUGUGCAUCUCUACUGUAGGCGAAAGGAUAUACCAGUACAGUCCCCACUGCAGAAUAUUGCCCUCUUGGGCCAACGGUGUACAAAGCCUAGAAGACAUGCAGCAAAGAAUACGGAGCCCAACAGAAAAGUUCAGAGCGCCUUAAGGAGGCUCCAACCCUUUGUGGAUGAGUGUGCUCUGUAUCAUCCCAUGCUACUCCACAAAAAAAUUCAGGGGUAGUCAGGUUCUGCAGAGAUAAGGCUGUUUCAGGUGUAUUUUUAGGGGUGGGUGUAUUUAUAUACCAUACUUGACGACUCCCAUUCACUGCUUAACUGUGGGUCGCAGCACAUGCUGGUGAGCUGAUCUACUCACCUCCCACCGCUUUAGGAGCUGCAUCUGCGCCUUGAUCCUUGAAGGGUGGUGGCGUUUCUACGGAUGCGGAAAACUCGGCCUCUAUAAUUAUAGAGAAACCGAGUCUCACGCGAACCGUGAAUUUUUUUGACGACUCCCUGAUGCUACCCCGCAUUAUAACAACACCAUGGCAAAUAAGUAGUACAUGUACUGGUACAUGGUGGGCGUGUAAUACAAGCCAUUUUUACUUCCAUGGACUUAGGAAAUUAUGGUAACUGCCUGGAAAGUGUACAACUUUGCACAGAGCACCAAUCUAUUUACACAUGUGAUAUUAUGAGAAGAGGCCUGAUUGGAUUGAGAUGUAA